AUGGCGCUGGCCCGGGCCCUGCUCUGCUGCUGGGUGCUGGGCGGCAGCCGCGCUCCGUGGGUGUUUGGAAGUGAUGAGAGCAUGGUGCAGCUGCCUGGGGGGAAGUUUCAGAUGGGAUCCAGUUCCCCAGAGAAGAGGAAUGAAGAGGGACCUGUCAGAGAGGUGACGGUGAACCCGUUUGCGAUUGACAAAUACCCUGUGACGAACCGGGACUUCAGGGAGUUCGUUAGAGAGAAGAAAUACAAAACAGAAGCAGAAGCAUUUGGCUGGAGCUUUGUCUUUGAGGAUUUUGUAUCUGAAGAGCUGAAAAAAAAAGUCACCCGAAAACUGGAGUCUGCCCCAUGGUGGCUGCCCAUCGAGAAGGCUUUUUGGCGACAGCCCUCAGGCCCUGGCUCCAGCAUAAAGGAGAGGCUGGAUCACCCGGUGCUGCACGUCAGCUGGAACGACGCGCGCGCCUUCUGCGCCUGGAAAGGGAAGCGGCUCCCGGCGGAGGAGGAGUGGGAAUUUGCUGCCAGGGGAGGACUGGAGCAAAGGGCAUAUCCCUGGGGAAACAAGUUUCAGCCGAACCGUACAAAUCUAUGGCAGGGAAGAUUCCCGCGGGUGGACACGGCUGAGGACGGCUAUCACGGCGUCUCUCCCGUGGCAGCGUUCCCCCCUCAGAACAGCUAUGGGCUUUAUGAUUUGCUGGGAAACACCUGGGAGUGGACGGCAUCCGAGUACCCAGCCCCGGGGCUCUCGGCGAGGCAGCGCGCUCAGAGGAUGCAGGUCCUGAGAGGCGCCUCAUGGAUCGACACCGCGGACGGGUCUGCGAACCACAGAGCGCGUGUCACCACCAGAAUGGGGAACACACCAGACUCAGCCUCCGACAACCUCAGCUUCCGCUGUGCUGCUGAUGUCCCGCCUGGUGCGGCCAAGAAAAGCCGGACCAAACCCGAGCUCUGA